AUGGCCAUCAAGAACCUGGUUUCCAGACCUGAUAGCAAAACAGGAAGUCGUCAAGUUUCAUGUAUGAAUGUAUUACGAACUGCCUUACCAGAAGAGGCUUUCAUCAGCAAAGUGUGUUCAGAUUCCAAGGAGAAAGCUAUUGGCCACUUGCUCAAAUAUUUGCCUCUCUUGCAGUCAGGCAAUGCUGCUGCAAAAAAGGAAUACUUACGGAUCAUUCCAGAGGUGCUCUCUCAUGCCAUUGAAAAUGGAGUGAACAUUGAGGAAAGUCGACAACUCCUGUCGUACUCCCUCAUCCACCCUGCCAUCAGUGGGGAGGAACGUCUACAGUUCCGAAUGUGGCUGGGAUAUCUGGAGGAAAGGUUUACAUACAGCAUCAGUCCUGCACGGGGACCGAGUCAGUCCCCACCCCUGGCUGUCACAGACCAGUCCGUUACACUGUCCAAUGGACCCAACAAUGGUCACUGGAACGCCUCAACCAAUCAAGAUAUUACAAGCAUUGUGAAUGGUUCCGAUAAUGGGGAUAAUGCCAGUAACAAUGGGUUUAUUGGGAAUAGUUUUGGCAGUCAUCAGUCAUUACGAAUCAGCAACAGUCAUGUGGGAGUAGUGUCCUCACCCAACAAUGGUCAUACACCUCUCCAUGCCACUUCCUCUGCACCGCCUAACUUCAGCACACCACCAGCUAGUAACCAGGGUAACAACAAUCAACACAACAAUUUGCAUGCACCACUACGUAGGACAUAUUCUGUCACUCCACCUGUGGGCGUUCCAAACCCAGAAAAAACUGUUACUGAUUGGUUGCGCACCAAUGACAACCACCUGUCUCGGGGCAACUCCAACAACUCUACCUGUGAACAUGCUCCACUGUCCCCCCAGAGCAGCAUCACAUCUUCAGGCAGUGGCAGUGACACCCACCCUGAUGAUGGAGGCCCACAGCCAGUGAGGAACAGCUUCCUGGAAGAUGGCAGUGGUAUGAGAGAGGUUCCUGUCUGGCUGAAGAAUCUUCGUCUGCACAAGUAUUCCUAUCUAUUUCGCCAGAUGACUUAUGAAGAAAUGAUGAAUCUAUCUGAGGAAUGGCUGGAAUCUCAGAAUGUGACAAAAGGUGCCCGUCAUAAGAUCAUCCUGAGCAUUGCCAAGCUGAGAGAGAGGCAGGAUCUGUUACGGACACUGGAAAAGGACAUAAUGGAGAAGGGUUCCAUAAAGCAGGCCAUUACAGAGAUGAGGAAUAUGUUGAACACACCAAUCAAGGGCCAUGUACCUGCUACAGCCAUCUUAUCAGCAGUAUCUCCGCCUGUUUCCCCUUCUACCACACCCAGUGACAGUGAUGGCAACAAGAUUGCAGAAGGAGACAUUACUGGCCAGUUCACAAGACUCAUGGGGAAAGUGUGCACCCAGCUGUUGGUGGCCAGCCGUCCUGAUGAUGACUGCUUCACAACAUACCUACAGCUCAUAGACAAGUGUCUCAAUCAUGAGGCAUUCACACAAAAGCAGAAGAACCUCCUUGCCACAUGGAAACAACAGGCACAUAAGAUUUGGCAGCCACCUCCUUACAAAUAUGGCACUGACAAACCCCGAAAAGUAUGGGGUAAUACCUUCCCACUUAUUGGAACCUCUUUUAACAAUCGUAUCAGCACCAAACAAAUUAGGAUCCCCCCUAAACAUGGCAUACAGCAGUGGAGUUUCGGUUCCAAGCGGUCUGUUGUAGGAGCCCAGCCUGCUGGACAUGUACCCCUACAGAAGAACAACUCCCUCAACACAACAUUUCUCAACAAGCCUGGGCUGCUAGAGGGUAAACAGCAGGUGAUCAGAACCAACUCCGCUCCAAUCAGAUCAGGACAACUCUCACUAUCAGUGCCUGUAAAUGAUGAUGGUAGCACCGACACCGAGAUCAACGCCCGACUGGAUUCCCUCUGUAUUAGCAUGACAGAACAUGCUUUAGGAAGCUUAAGUUAAUGGUCUGUCUGCCAGCAGUGUCCUGCUGAACACAGUUUUACAUGAUGGCAGGCCCGUGACUUGUGGAACAUGGUCUGCUGCUGAGGCAGAUACCAGCUGAGGUCUACUGCUGACAUUACUGUCACGCUGCCCCGGAAUGUCCUGUGUUAAAAUAUAAACACUUCCUACGUAGAUGCCAACUCAAGGGCAUGGAGACUGUAGGAGCAGCUAAUCCAAUGUGUAGAGAGAUCACCACAAGCCCUUGGAUACAUGCAGUAAGCACCGUAUAGUCUUAAAGACAGUGACAUGUAGUCACCAUCAAGACAAGAUCUGAAGAUUUCACAGUGUUCACAGGCAGAUGUGUGAUUGCUAGCCCCAGAUAAACUGCUGCCUGAAUGUGUUUGUGUAUAGCGUGCUGUAUGGGAAGUGUGUGCUAGGUAGCUUUCACUGCCGACAGAACCUCCUGCCAGUGCAUGACAGCCUGCAUCUUGACUCCUCCGCACAGCUGGCCCACACUGUAGUGCUACUCAUUUCGUCUUUCGUAAGCCUUGGUGUUGAGGGCUGUCAUGUGACCUGCCAUAUUGUGCCUUCUGGAGCUGUGACAGAUUGUGUGUUGUAUUCUUGGCCCAAAAUAUAUUUUCAUGUUUGUAGCACAUAACACGUGUGGAGCCAUAGUAAAUGUUUCAAUGGAUAUUUUCCUAUUUUGUUAUUGUCAAUGGCUAGAGCGGUGCUGAAAUAUUGCUGAGGAUCCCAUCCUUAUCUUCCUUAUAGGAAACAUUUAUGUUGGGAAUCUAAUUGACAAAUUCAAAUGAAUGCAUUUGUGAAUGGAAAUAUAUGUGAUAUAUGUUGUAGAUAGCUAUUUAAGUUAAGCUACUGGUUCCAUACAGUCCUUCCAAACUAGUGUGGAUGUGCAACAUGUCCAGAGAGGAAAACUGCCAAAACAACUUCAUCAACAUCCAAGUUUUCCACGUUGGAGCUUUCUCUGUGCUUGUUACUCAAAUGAUAAUCAAACAGGUACAAUUUGGUUGUGUGCAUGCUGUCACAUUAUGAUCAGUGGGCUGGCAGUAGGAUGGCAUGGCUAAUGUGGCUUCUUGGGCUGCAGAUCACUGGCUCUAUAUGUUUGUAUAUUGCUAUAGUGCAGAAGGCAAGCUGAACAGGGCCUAGGGCCUCCAACUAGAUUGUCUAGAGACACCAUUUGCAUUCCAGAGUAUCUGCAUACUAAGAUCUGAUUUCACAGAGGAGCGUUAUAAAGAUGUCAACUUGGGUGUAGUCGCAGACCUCUCAUUUACUUAAUAAUCACUAUAUAACAUUAUUGCUUAGGAGAACUUAUAAGCUAUGGAAGCCUUGUGUUGACAAAUGUUUUUUGGUUUUAAUGAUGCACAUUAAUUUAUUCCAACUGUUAUGUCAUUUCAUUAAAGUUGAUGUAUAAAGUAGCGAGAUUAUUAUGAAAGCAUCUGAUCUGUGAGGGUGUGUUGUUGGUUUGUGUAUGUACAUGUAGCUGUGUGCUGGUGUGGAUAUGGACUGCAGGCCCAGUGUCAUAGCACCAGCCACUACUCACAAACUCUCUACAAGAAAAAAACUAUUCAUCCUUUGGAAAAUCUGUUAAGCAUCAUUAUAACAACAUGUGUAGUUGUUCCUUGUAUUAGUUUUUCCAACUCUAUUGAAAAUGAGUAGUUGAAUGAAAUGAUGUUACACAGAGCACACUAUCGCCAGUGAUACUGAUGUAGAUUUUAUGUGUCUAAUUAUGUAGAUCUCAGCCAUUAUUACAAUGCACUUUCUCAGCCUUGUUUGUAUCUAGCCUAGCACUAUGGCUGCUACGAAUGAGCUCAAUAUCACUGCUGAAACCAACAUGUCAUUUUUUGUUUCUCCAUUUUUGUACCUAGGCCAGACCUUUCUAAUAUUUCUAAACAGAAUUGGGGGCCAUUAUGCAGGUGAAACCAAAACAAAUGAAAUGUUGACAAAAGAUCAAAUGCAAAAACAAAGAAGUGCCCAUAAAUCAGUAACUUGUUUGGUUUCUUA